GUUCCUGUUUACAGCAUUUUGAGCCCUUGCAGCCUCUUGGACUCAAUCACUUUGCAAGUGACGUCAGUAAAGUCUGUAAGGGUUCAGGGUUUAGGGCUUAGGGGGGACAUUUGGAUUGGGCCAUAAAUUGUGAUCUGUUUCUGCUAUUUCCGCUUUAUGUUUGUGUGUGUCGUCGGACAACAUUUGCUGAGGCACCCAAACCCGGAACAACAACGUUCGUGCAAAUGUGCACAGGUACUCGUACGUAAAAUUAGAGCUGCGAGAACAAAUUAAAGAUGCUUUACUGGAUGAACGGGAACAGCGGCGGCUCGGAGAACCUCGACAGCCUCAAUAACAUGUCCAAGACGGAGAUCCUGAGAGGAAUCGUCACCGAGAAACUGACAACAGCCGCGCAGGAAAUCUUAGCGGUGGUAGAGAGAACCGUAGCCGGGUACGAGGAGGAGGCUUCGGGCUUCAGACGGGAGAUCGACCGGCAGAGGAGGCAGCUGGAGGUUCUCCUGCAGCCUCGGGUCAAACUAGAGAAAAGAGCCCUGAACCCAGAUGUUGAAGGCCCUGAGGAGGAGGAGGAGGAGGAGGAGGAGGAGGAGGAGGAGCAGCGGCGGCGGCGGCGCACACAUCAGUCAGGUGUGGAGGACACUGGGAGCCUGGGCCUCAUGUGGUUUGAUGAUGAUGAUGAUGAAGAGGGUGACGACGAAGAGCAGCAGCUGUCAGCACAACCGGCAACUAGCUCCAGAAAGAGACGAGAAGAUCUGAAGGACCCAGAUUAUCAAAUAAAAUCAAGGUCAUUUUCCCCCAGAGGCCGGUCUGACAGGAGAAGGCUCGGCAGACCUCGGAUCAUUGACACACAGGACCACAUCGAUCUCAAGAUCCGCAUCCUGGAGCACUCACAAGCCGAUAUGCUCUCAAGAAGCGUGUUUCAGAAAUGUCCGGUGCAGGAGCUGCAGUGUCCUCUGGGACUGCAGGAGGCGGACUUCCUCGACCUGCUGAGGUCCACCUUCCCUCAGCUGGCUGCUCAGAAACAUUUUGACUUCUUCACAUCCGACAGGAGCAGGAGGCUCCAGUCUCUGAGAGCAAAGACGCUGACACCAGAGGAGAUCUACAGGAGCAUCAGGCUCACCGGAGCAGGACACUCAGCCCUCUACAUCCGACUGAAGACAGGAGAGGAUCCCCAGACCAGCGGCAAAGACCUUCAUCCUGUACAGAGGCCAGAUGAUGCCACUAAAGAUUCUCCACCCAGCUCCGCCACCAUGUCGGCUGAUGAAACCCAAACGUGCCCCUGGUUAUCAUCUCCCAGCAGUUCGUCUGGGAAGAGGAGGCGUGGCAGACCUCGCCUGGGUGAAGGACCGACUCACCACUUCCUCAAAGUGUGCAUGCUGGACGAUUCCCAGUCCGACGUCCUCUCAAAAAAUGUGUUUCAGAAAUGUCCGGUGCAAGAAUUGCAGUGUCCUCGUGGCCUACAGGAGGCAGAGUUCCUGGACUUGCUGAGGUCCACCUUCCCUCAGCUGGCAGGAGACGACAAACGUUUUCACGUCUUCAAGUCCGACAGGAGCAGGAGGCUCCAGCGGCUCAAAGUGAAGACGCUGACACCAGAGGAGAUCUACAGGAGCAUGAAGUCCACCGGCGUAGAAAAGACGCUCCUUUACAUCCGACUGAAGACAGGAGAGGAGGAGGAGGAAGAAGAGGAAGAAGAGUUCCACCUUUUACAGAGAAACGACGACACCACCACCGAUUCUCCGUCCACGGCCGCUGAAGUGAUAAAAACUGAUGAAGCCAAGCUCAGCUCAAGCAGCUCAACAUCCCAACAACAGGCCAUGGUAACAGGGGAAGCUGAUGAUGAUGCUGCUGAGAGCCAAGUGGACUCCAACAAUGACGGUGACAAAGAAGGAGAUGAGGCGUUUGACGGAGACGAAGACUGGAAACCAGAUCCUGAGCUGCAGUCGCCAAAGAAGAGGAGGAAGCAAGAGUCCAAUUUGUCUGGUGUGAAGGGGCAGUUGAUUGGGAGCAGUAAAACGCCCUGUAAAGUCUGUGGAGUUUGGUACAGGAUACUGGGCAGUUUGAUCAAACACGCCUGGAGUCACGUUGAGGAUCCACAGCUUGUUUGUGGAGUGUGUGGAGAGAAGUUUGAAUCUGUGGAAGAGUUAAAGGGACAUCUUAGAAAGUAUCAAAAAACUCACGACUGUUCAUUUUGUGCAAAGUCUUUCCUCACAAUCACCGGCCUCAACUCCCACACCACUCUACACACAGGAGACAGACCGUUUAAAUGUGACGUUUGCAGCAAAACCUUUGCUCAGAUUUCCACCUUGAGUGUUCACCGUUGGGUCCACGUGGCUGAUAAACCACACAAGUGUGAUAUUUGCCCGAAGGCGUUUGGUCUAAAGGCGCAGCUCAGAGCUCACAGCAAGAUGCACGCAGGUAGAGACAAGUACCACUGCAAUGUUUGUGGUAAAUCUUUCUAUGACUUGCGAUCUUUAACUCGCCACAAGACGACUCACUCGGGGGAGAGACGUUACGGCUGUGAGGUUUGUGGGAAGCGUUUCAAACUUCCCGGAACGUUGAAGUCGCACGAGAAGAUCCACACCUCCAGAGACCGGCCGUACCUCUGCCACAUCUGCUGCAAGACGUUCUUUUCAAACUGCGGCUUAACAACUCACAUGAGAACACACAGCAACGACAGGCCGUUCCUCUGCAGCAUAUGUAGCAAAGGCUUCAUAUCCAACGGUGAGCUGAAGGCGCACACGCGCGUGCACACCGGUGAGGCACCGUACGGCUGCUCAGAGUGCGGCCGCUUUUUUAAACGCAAGACUCACCUGACCAACCAUGUGAGGACCCACCUGGGCAUCAAACUGUUUGUCUGUGGGGUUUGUGGGAAAGCGUGCUCUCGCCAAGAACACCUGACGGUCCACAUGAGAACCCACAAUGGAGAGAGACCUUAUCAGUGCACCGUCUGCGACAAAGCCUUCACUCAGAGCCACUGUCUGAAAACACACAUGAAGAGCCACCAGGGGGAGGAAAACCCUUUCCUGAACGCAUCCACGUCCUAAAAGACAUUUUAUUAGCCUGUUCUGUCUGAAGGGAAACGGAACAACAUAUUUUUUUCUAAAGAUUUCAUUUUCACUGAAAAAAAUUGACACAGUGUCCGAUCCAAACAAGCAUCCUGCCUUACAUCUGGAGGAUGUGUUUUGUAGGUCGGCCCAUCUCUGUAGCACCACAAUGCUUCAUUUAUAAUCGUAUACUGCGACAAGUUUUACCAUUAUCAAAAAAUUGUAGCUCCUAUGAUUUGGAGUUUGCUAAACGGAAACAGAAAAUUCACCAGAAGUUCUAGAUUACCUCCAUCUAACAUGCUUUUUUUCAGAACUACAUGUUUUAGUUUCACCAUAUUGCGAUUUCGAUAACAUUUUGAAUAAUUGUUCAGUGACAGUAUGGGAAAACGAAAUCCGGCCCUACUUUUCAAAAAUUGCUUUCACAAGUCAUUGGUUUUAUUUAACAAAUAAUGAUUUGGUAUCCGUACCAAAAAACAGUGUUUUGAUAUCUAAAAUGUAAAACGAUACUCAUCUCUAGUUUUUAUUAUUAUCUCAGGCUCCAUGAAACUGACAUUUUAUGAACAAAAUCCGAAAACAUAUCUAAUCAUUGUUGUAAAAAAUGAUUGUGCGCCAGAUGCCACUGUUGUUGAAGAAGGUCUCAGAAGCUCAGUAAGACUUUUACAGCAUGUUUCAGGAAUUCUGCUGAGGUGAUUACUAUGGAAGAGGAUUGGGGCCUAGUGAAUUCUUUUUUUAGUUCUUUUUUUAGAGUUUCCGAUAUCACUGACAUCAACGGUGCCAAAAUAAUGAUCGGAGUAGUGUCCGAAACUGUUUUAACUCUACAUUCAACUCCCUACAUAGGGGGUAGUGAAUGAGUGGGUAUUUACCACCACACAGCCUGAGAUUAAAGUCAGA